AUGUUGUCGCUUCGUGAAGCAAGAAACUUCUCGACUCAGAAAAUGUUUUGGCUUUUCAGUGAGUGCAGAACAGAAUAUAAUUACAGACGAGUGACAUCUUACUUCAACAACAACCAACAUGUCAAACAAUCAUCAGCAGAAAAAGUUGAAGUGUUACAAGUGUCUCGUAUUCAAUUUGAAAUAUAA